GUCCGAUGGGGUGGUUCAGUUUGUCUCACUGCUAUAAAUAAGACACCACCUGAAGCUUAGCCAUUCACAAUAUUAUUUCUUCAAGCUCAGUCAUUGGAAAUUCAUAAUGGCAAGAACACAGCAGAAGAAAUCGCUAUGGACCCCAGAAGAAGACGAUAAGCUCAAAGAAGUAAGGCACAAAUACCCCAAUCUAUCUUGGCCAGCUAUCGCAAAGCAGGCAGAGCUGAACAGGACUGGUAAGAGUUGUUGGGAGAGGUGGGAGAACAAUCUGAAUCCUGAUAUCAACAAAGAUGAAUUCUCCCGAGAGGAAGAUGACAUCAUCAUCCAGCAAAUGUCGCUUCCUCAGAAUAGCUGGGCAUCUAUGGCAAAAAAUGAUCUUCGUGGGCGAGCUCCUAAUGCUAUCAAGAACCGGUGGAACAACCACUUGAAGAAGAGGCAUGCGACUAUAAGUGACCUUAGGCGACACCUCCUCUACCUAGAGGAACACCUCAUGGAUGAUGAGGCUAGUGAUCACUCUGUCUGGGGAGGUGACCUUGAGGCUUUGAUGGCCGAGUUUGCUUCUUUGAUUCCCAACGUUGAUCCAAGUGCAAUUAGUUCGAUUCCUGAAUACACCAGCUGAAGAAAUCGCCAAGCUAAAGUGUAAUGAGAGUCCAAAGUACAAUGUCUUUGAGUGUCCUAUAUAUAUCU